AUAGUUUGGUGGAUUUGUGUAAAAUUAGUCAAUAUUCUUAAUUCCCGCGAAUAAUAGAAAUUUAAUAUCUAAUAAUGCCGCGAAUAAUGAUCAAGGGCGGCGUGUGGCGCAACACGGAGGAUGAGAUCCUCAAGGCGGCGGUGAUGAAAUAUGGCAAAAACCAAUGGAGUCGCAUUGCCUCCUUGCUGCACAGGAAGUCGGCCAAGCAAUGCAAGGCCAGGUGGUACGAGUGGCUGGAUCCUAGCAUUAAAAAGACCGAGUGGUCACGCGAGGAGGACGAAAAGCUGCUUCAUUUGGCCAAGCUAAUGCCGACGCAGUGGCGGACAAUAGCUCCUAUAAUUGGGCGAACUGCAGCCCAGUGCCUGGAACGCUACGAGUACUUGCUCGACCAGGCACAACGCAAAGAAGAUGGCGAGGACACCAUGGACGAUCCGCGAAAGCUGAAGCCCGGCGAGAUCGACCCCAAUCCGGAAACAAAGCCGGCGCGUCCCGAUCCAAAGGAUAUGGACGAGGAUGAACUGGAAAUGCUGUCGGAGGCACGUGCUCGUUUGGCCAACACGCAAGGCAAAAAAGCGAAGCGAAAGGCGCGCGAGAAGCAGCUGGAGGAAGCACGACGACUGGCGACUCUCCAAAAACGACGGGAACUUCGUGCCGCCGGCAUUGGCAGCGGAAAUCGCAAACGCAUUAAGGGCAUCGACUACAACGCAGAGAUUCCAUUCGAGAAGCGACCUGCAUUAGGAUUUUAUGACACAUCGGAAGAGCAUUUGCAAAAGAAUGAACCGGACUUUAACAAGAUGCGACAGCAGGACCUAGAUGGAGAACUUCGUUCAGAGAAGGAGGAACGCGAACGCAAGCGGGACAAGCAAAAAUUGAAGCAGCGCAAGGAGAACGAAGUGCCAACCGCCAUGCUGCAGAACAUGGAGCCGGAGCGGAAGCGCUCUAAACUAGUACUGCCCACACCGCAGAUAUCUGACAUGGAGCUGCAACAGGUUGUCAAGCUGGGACGCGCCAGUGAGAUGGCUAAAGAGAUAGCUGGGGAAAGCGGCAUCGAGACGACGGAUGCUUUGCUUGCCGACUACUCUAUCACACCCCAGGUGGCCGCCACUCCACGCACACCUGCUCCUUAUACAGAUCGUAUCAUGCAGGAAGCCCAGAACAUGAUGGCCCUGACCCACACAGAGACGCCCCUAAAAGGUGGCCUUAACACACCUCUGCACGAGUCAGACUUCUCUGGCGUGCUGCCCAAGGCGGCAUCUAUAGCAACGCCCAAUACAGUGAUAGCCACGCCAUUUAGAACUCAACGCGAAGGUGGGGCAGGCACUCCGGGAGGAUUCCUUACGCCCUCUUCUGGUGCCUUGGUUCCGGUAAAGGGGGCUGGAGGUGCUACAGGUCCCAUAAACACUCCUGCCUAUGUGAGGGACAAGCUCAGCAUCAAUCCCGAGGAGAGCAUGGGUGUCACUGAGACCCCGGCUCUAUACAAAAACUACCAAAAGCAAUUAAAGUCAACGCUGCGGGAGGGCUUAUCCACGUUGCCCGCUCCUCGGAACGAUUACGAAAUCGUAGUGCCCGAGCAAGAGGACAGUGAACCCAUGGAUAUCAGUUCGGAACCCGCUGUCGAGGAUCAGGCGGAUGUCGACGCCCGAGUACUGGCCGAACAAGAGGCACGUCGAAAGAGGGAACUGGAAAAGCGAUCCCAGGUGAUUCAGCGUAGCCUGCCACGGCCUACGGAGGUGAACACCAAGAUUUUGCGGCCGCCAUCCGAAAAGCAGAACCUUACAGAACAGCAACAGGCCGAGGAGUUGAUCAAGCACGAAAUGAUCACCAUGCAGUUAUAUGACUCGGUCAAGGAUCCCGUUCCUGGACAGUCUCAGCAUAAAUUGGAACAACUUCAAAGCUACUUUAAGGCCAAUCCCUAUGAGGACAUCUCGCCGCAGGAGUUGGCCAAAGCCAAGCAGAUGCUUACCGAGGAAAUGGAGGUGGUCAAGGAGCGCAUGUCGCACGGCGAAUUGCCUUUGGAAGUUUACGCACAGGUGUGGCAGGAGUGCCUCGGUCAGGUUCUCUACUUACCCUCGCAACAUCGGUACACACGUGCCAACCUUGCUAGCAAGAAAGAUCGAUUGGAGUCAGCCGAGAAACGGCUUGAGACAAAUCGUCGUCACAUGGCUAAAGAGGCCAAGCGAUGUGGUAAGAUCGAGAAAAAACUGAAGAUCCUCACCGGCGGCUACCAGGCGCGCGCACAGGUGCUUAUCAAGCAACUCCAGGACACGUAUGGCCAAAUCGAACAGAAUUCUGUCUCACUGUCAACAUUCCGUUUUCUGGGGGAGCAGGAGGCCAUUGCCGUGCCACGUCGUCUAGGGUCCUUGCAUGAGGACGUGCGCCGACAAAUGGACCGCGAAAAGGAGCUGCAGCAAAAAUAUGCCAGCUUGGUGGAGGAGCGCGAUUCGCUCUUCACACAAAUCGAGAAUAUUACGGGCGUCAGGCCCACUGCCCAACAACUUGUGCCCGAACAGGAGGCCUAA